AUGUCCACCAUGGACAAAAUCUUUGCCGGCUAUGCCGAGCGCCAAACUGCCCUCGAAGCGACGCAAGCCGAGAAUUCGUUUGCCCGAGGCAUCGCUUGGGUGCAAGGUCAAUUGGUACCUCUACACGAAGCGCGAAUUCCUUUACUCGACCAAGGCUUCAUGCAUAGCGAUCUGACAUACGACGUCCCCUCCGUCUGGGAUGGUCGGUUCUUUCGGCUCGACGACCACCUCGACCGUCUUGAAGUCAGCUGCCAGAAGAUGCGACUGAAGAUACCCAUGCCACGUGACGAGGUUAAACGGACACUUAUCGAUAUGGUCGCCAAGAGUGGCAUCCGGGAUGCCUUUGUCGAGCUUAUCGUCACCCGAGGCUUGACUGGUGUCCGGGGCAGCCGGCCCGAGGAGCUCCUCAAUAACAGCCUCUACAUGUUUGUUCAACCUUAUGUCUGGGUCAUGGAACCCAGUAUCCAAUAUGAUGGUGGCUCUUCUAUUGUCGCCCGAAGCGUACGUCGGGUCCCGCCGGGGGCAAUUGACCCCACGAUCAAGAACCUACAAUGGGGCGACCUUGUCCGUGGCUUGUUCGAAGCCCACGAUCGUGGAGCAACAUACCCAUUCCUUACCGACGGAGACGCAAAUCUCACGGAAGGAUCAGGGUUCAACGUCAUUAUCGUGAAAGACAACACCCUCUAUACUCCCGAUCGCGGAGUUCUCCAGGGUAUCACCAGAAAGAGCGUGAUCGAUGCGGCCAAGAGACUUGGUUACGUGAUUCGAGUGGAAACCGUCCCCAUCGAAGCAGUUUAUAGUACGGAUGAGAUCCUCAUGUCUACAACUGCUGGAGGCAUCAUGCCCAUUACCACCCUCGAUGGCAAGCCGGUUAACGACGGAAAGGUUGGAGACAUCACCAGAGCCAUCUGGGAUGAGUACUGGGCAAUGCACUAUGAAGACAAGUUUAGCUUUAAGAUCACUUAUUGA